AUGAGCGUUCAUAACAUGUCAGUAUUCACAAAAAAAUUCAAAAUGGCCCAUGCUAUAAAUGACAUUGGAGAAAUUGGGCUUGGCAAGGAAUAUGGGGGCAAAGAAGUUCAUUUUGGUGUCCUAUGGCAACUGAGAAUUUAUUGUGUCGGAAAUUCAAUCCGUAUGUUCAUGUACUGUUUGGAAUCAAACGACAGCGAGUGGGCUAUCGACACCGAAAUCAAUUUUGGUGUGAUCUCUGGAAAUGAAACGUCUUUGUUUCUUAAAUGUAGACGUACCUUUAAAAAGAUGGGCGAGAACGAACAUUCUUCUUGGGGUUCAUACAAUAUUAUAGAUUUAGAAAUGCUGAAACGUUUUGCUGUUGAUAGGAAGGUCGAGUUUAUUUAUGAAGUCAACGUUUUAAAAAUGACUGGAUUUGAAAAAGAGAAAUUGACACUGAGGAAGUUCGAUGAAUCUGUUGAGGAGUUUUCGGAUGUGGUCCUGAUAGUGGAGGGGAUGAAAUUCUAUCAAUCAAAAAUGUUCUUGUCUCUCCAAUCAACCUAUUUCAAAUCACUUCUUCUUGGAGGAUUUAAGGAGGCAAAGCAAUCAGAAAUAACUCUUAACGAUAUCAACACUGAACAUUUCCAUAGUCUAUUAGAACUGAUUCAUGGAGAAUCUUCGAUCAGUGAUACCAACAUCGAUGGGAUCCUCCACCUCGCAGAUAUGUAUGACUUCCCUACUGCAAUUCGUCGAUGUGAAGAGUUUCUUCUCAAAGAUUCGAAAUGGCUGACGGCAGAGAAACUGGAACUCGCUAUCACUUACAAUCUGGAGAAAUUGAAGAGCGAGUGUAUGUCGAAUUCGAAACUUCCAGAGGAAACGACGUCAGUGCACACGACUGUGGAGACUAAACCAACAAAACGGGUUGGAUGCUUUGCAUGCUUCCGGAAAUAA